UGAACCUCCUGCAACAAUAAACCUUGAAGUAUGGGCAAGUCCUGACUAUGAUACCUUUGCUAAGGAGCUGGUGAAGGAGGUUGGGAGCGUUGGGCCACCUGGUCGUUUCGGUUGGUUUAUUCCUGGCGAGCUGGAUUUUCCAGUCAAGGAAUAUUACAACAAGUAUAUAUGGGAAAAAUCUAUCCAAGAAGUCCACUGGUCUUUUUUCAUGGACAGAAAUUUGGUACAUUAUUUCGACAUGGAUAACGAUAUGUUGCAGAUGAUUGAAGAUAACUCUUUCAAUAAGGAUCCUUCGCAAGAUGAUGAAUACGUCUGUCUGAUGCCACCGUGCGUUAAAAGCAUGUACACUCCAAAACAAUGCGAAAACACACCCUGUGCUAUUCUCUUAGCCCCACAGUACAAUUCUACCAAAUUCCUCAUAAAGCAAGUCGACGAAACUGGCCUCCUAGUGAAGAUUCUUUGGUUAGGCGAUAACUUCCAAUCCGCUCUUAAUGAAAUUAAAGGUAUCCACCUACUGGAAAACGUUCACCACAACAAACCGAAGAAGAGUGUUGUGUUUUUCCAUUGGUUCCCAAGCGAAGUUGUUACAAACGAAAAUCAUUUCAUCAGCGUACAGUUCAAGAAUAACGAAUUGUAUAACUUUACACGUGGAAUUAACGGUUCUGGGUAUAAAUAUGAAAUGCAGCGUCUGGUCAAACUGGCUUGGAGUAAAAUAGAAAACAAUGCCCAGCCGCUCUACAUCGCAUUAAGACAUUUCAAGCUCACAGAAGAUGAUUACCUUCAUCUUCUCAGGAUGUACGAGAAAAGUGAACAAUCUGUCCCGGAAAUAGCAUGCACAUGGAUGAAGGAGAACCAGCAAGUAUGGAAUAGCUGGAAGCAUGGCACUCAAAAAGCUGUAAUUUAUAUCGGAGGUAUAUUCCCUAUGAGUGCUUCCUCAUACAAUGGGGGAGGGAUUGCUCGGGGGGCCAUGAUCGCCGCUCAAGCUGUCAACAACAACCAUACUCUGCUGAAUGAUUACGAGUUGAAAUUAUUAGUUUCUGAUGGGAAAUGCCAAACUGACAGUGUCAUGAAGAACUUCAUCGAUUUCAUCGUCACCCGGGAGUACUAUAACAAUUUAGUAGGGGUUCUCGGACCAGCUUGCUCGGAAACAGUGGAACCUAUUGCUGGCGUUUCAAAAUUCUAUCACAUUUUGAUUAUUUCUUACAGUGCUGAGGGUGCUAGUUUUUCGAACAGAAAGAAAUAUCCAUAUUUUUUCAGGACCAUUGGGGAGAACCAACACUACAAGCAUGUAUAUUUGGCACUGUUUCAGAGGUUUGGUUGGAAAAGAGUAGCAGCUUUAACAGAAGAUGGUCAGAAAUACACGGAAUAUAUAUCCUUGAUGAGUGACGAUUUAGAAAAGGAUGGCAUCAAAUUCAUUGCCAAUAAGAAAUUUCCCAGGGACAAGAGCUCUGAGGAUAUGAAAUAUUACCUCGCAGAUUUGAAGAACAGGAGAGCAAGAAUCAUCAUCGCCGAUGUUAUUGAAAACGUAGCUAGGACGGUGAUGUGUGAAGCAUAUAAGCAGGAAAUGACUGCCAAAGAGGGUUAUGUUUGGUUUUUGCCAAUAUGGCUAGAUCCUAACUGGUAUGAUACCGAUGCCCAUAACAACAAUAGUUCGGAAGUUGUUAAUUGUACCACAAAGGAGAUGAUUGAGGCGAUCGCGGGAUACUUUUCCAUGACGCACGCAUACUUUGCAAAAGACGAUUCAAUAAUGCAAGAAAAUAUUACAGUAGGAGAGUGGAGAAAAAAGAAUGAUCUUAGAAUAAAGAACGCAAAUUAUGCAGGAUUCGCUUAUGAUGCAGUUUGGACAUAUGCACUCGCUCUAAAUGAACUAGUGAACACCGACCCGGAAGCUUUGUCAGUUUUACACUCUGAAAGCACAACUAAUAAACUGGUCCGAAUCGUGGAAAAAACUGAUUUUGACGGCGUGUCAGGUCGCAUUAAAUUCCGAGGUGGUCCAUCACGUUUCUCCUUCAUAACCAUUGUUCAGUGGUACAAUAACAAGACCAACACAAUCGGACACUUCUAUCCCAAUCUGACAGAAUACGAACCCGAGAUCCUUGGUGGUGAGUUAAAACUCAAUGAAACCUUGUUAAAAUGGUUCACAUCCGAUGGUAAUAUACCAAAAGAUGGUACUCUCCCACCUCCAUCAUGUGCUGUUGAUGGGCUAGCGCGAGCAUUCAAUGUGGAGUGCCAAACAGCCUGGAUAAUUUUGAAUAUUAUCAUUGCGAUCUUGUUCAUAAUGUCCGUAAUGGGGGCAUGUUAUUAUAUGAAGAGGAAAUACGAUUUGAAGGUGGAAAAAACCAAAAAUUAUAUGAGAUCUCUUGGUAUUCCAUUCAACCUUACUAGUGCCAGCGACCUCGAUAAAUGGGAAAUUCACCGGGAAAGUGUAGUCAUUAACCGAAAACUAGGAGAGGGCGCUUUUGGUACAGUGUAUGGAGGAGAGGCUGACCUUCCUUCCACGGGAUGGACCGCCGUAGCAGUGAAAACUUUAAAAAUGGGCUCCACAACUGAAGAAAAGCUCGAUUUUCUUUCUGAAGCUGAGGCAAUGAAGAGGUUUGACCACAAAAAUAUUGUUAAGCUUCUUGGAGUAUGCACCAAAGAAGAACCAGUAUACACCAUCAUGGAAUUUAUGCUAUAUGGCGACUUGAAAACUUACCUGCUAGCACGUAGGCACCUGGUGAAGAAUAAGAACAUUGAGGAAUAUGAAGAAAUUUCCCCAAAACGUCUGACCAAUAUGGCUUUAGAUGUUGCAAGAGGUUUGAGCUAUCUUGCUGAAAUCAAAUUUGUCCAUCGUGAUAUCGCUUCCAGAAAUUGUCUCGUAAACGCUCAGCGAACUGUUAAAAUAGGUGACUUUGGUAUGACUCGUGCAAUGUUUGAAAACGACUAUUACAAGUUCACCCGCCGAGGUAUGCUGCCGGUAAGGUGGAUGUCUCCUGAAAGUUUGGCUUUGGGAGUUUUCACGCCAGCUUCAGACGUAUGGAGUUUUGGUGUAUUACUCUAUGAAAUCAUAACGUUCGGUAGUUUUCCAUUUCAAGGAAAAAGUAACACCCAAGUAUUGGAGAUCGUGAAAGAAGGACAAACGCUGGAGAUUCCUAGGGGAAUCAAACCUCAAUUAGAUGGUCUCAUACGAUCCUGUUGGAAGCGUGAAGCUAAAGAACGCCCUACGGCUUCGCAGAUGGUGGAGUUCCUCGCAAAUAAUCCAAGAUUACUUACCCCUUGCCUAGAGGGCCCCAUAUCUUCCCUUCAGAUAGGUGAUAGUGAUCAGCUUGAGAUGGUUCUAAAAGAUACUAAAGUGUCCCCUACGAAAUCAACAAGCAGUACUACUUUCAGAUCACCCAGUUCUGUGUUCGCAAAUAAAAAUGAAUCAGACAUUAUACCUAUGGAAAUAUGUUCUCCAAAACAGCCACUAUUAGGACCUAGGAGGUCAAGCAGCCCAAACAUUAUCAGUAAGCUUGUAGUGGGAAGCGAGAGGGAAUCUGAGGAUGAUGAUGAUGAGUAUUUAGAUCAAAAUUCAUCUGGAAGGCAAGAUAAUACAAAUGUAUAGCUUCGGUUGAGUCUAAAGAAACUGUUAUAAUAUUUCUCACUGUAUCAAAAUCAGGAAUUGUAAUUUCUUGAAGGCUAUAUAGGUUAAUGAAUUUUGAGGAGUUUUGGAAAGCUUGUAAAACUUUGAAUCCCUUAAAAUCGACUGAUUAUUCAUAACUAUAUCUCUGAAUUUUCAUCAAAGAAUCAGAUAUUUAUUUCUUUCAACAUUCCAAAUAUUAUUCUGAUAAAUAGAGGAUAUGAGAAGUAGAGAUAGUUAGAAAUAAUUUUACUGCCAAUUGAAAUAGAGAUCUGUUGAAUUCAUCCUGCUCCUUUUAUCGAUCCGCCUAAUUUCUCAAAUGUUUCUGCUCUGGUCAAAGAAAAAAAUCGAAUUUAAAUACUUGAAUUGCAUUUAUUUUUACUGAAAUACCAAACGUGUUCAUGAUUAUUUCAGUUAAGGGAACUCUAUAUCCUGAUUCCAGUUGUUAAUUUUCAAAUCUCCUCAAAUAGUGUAAUAUCAUUUUAUAUAAACUCAUCGCCAUCAAACAUAAAAUGAAAAUAAUGGAAAUUCAAGUUACACCUGGAUAUUUUUGAUAAACAAAUAUUUUACUACCACCCUUCUUCACGAUCUUCAGUUUUUUCUAGUCAACGAUUUUUAGCGAGAAAUGAGACUUUUAUAUACAGUUGAUCACAAGAAUAGUAUUAUAAUUCCAUUUAUCACAAACAAAUGCAAUAUAGACCUUUACAAUCACUUUCACGUGUCUUUUAAGUGAUUCACUAUCAUAUGGAUUCGCUACCUCAAUAUUGGACUUCUUAGCCGAUUACCAUAUAAACAGGCUGCUUGAGGGAGGCUCAAAAGGGUGAUUCAUUAUUAAUGAAAAUUAAAUUUCAUUUUCAUUCAUGAACCGCUAAAAAUGAAUGGUUGCAUUCGUGAUGAAAAAUUUCGAUUAGACAUUGAUUUAGAUAACGAGGUAAAAAAACAGCCUUUUUUGAAUGUCAAAUAAUGGACUUUAUUAUGAUGUAUAACUUGUGUUGUGAGUUGAAACCUUUUGAAAAUGAAUUUAGUGAAAAAUUACCUUAUAACAGAUAAGUUAUAACAUUUACUCAGGUAUUGAUAAUCCUGGCAAUAUAAAGUGAAAAUUUUUAUUCAGAAUAUAACCAUUAUAAUAAAGCAGUUUCAUGUUGACAAUAAUUUUCACUUGUUUAAUGUACUCAGGUAAUUUCAAGAAUUGUUUUCAAUUUCCAACAAUGAAAUAAUUAUUAAUGAGUCACCCCUAUGAUACAGAUUCAAUGGUUCACUAAAUAUAAAAUGUAAAAAAUAAUGUGUAAUAUUCACCAGAUCCAGAUAAAGGUUUCACAUGAAAAGAAAAUUCUGUAAAAUUUUGAAGGAAAACUAGAAUCUGUACCAUGGAUAUCAAUCUCACAUAGAAACCAUGACUGCUAUGUUCCUUAAUACUUUAAGAAACAAACCUAAUUAAUUUAAAACAUAUUCAAGACUUUUGUUUUAGAAUGUUGUAAGUGUUUUUGUACUGAUGUAGAUAGUUUUGAUGUAUAUUUUAUAUGAAUUCAAUCAAACCAAAAGUAAGUAAUAUUAUAAUAUCCUGAGACUUGAAUAAAAUAUGUUGAUUGCAGACUUCCAUGAGACUUUUGUAGAUCUUGACAUGAAAUAUUCCGUUCUUUUUUUAUGUACUUUCAGAUAUCAAAAGUCAAUUACAAUAAUGAGUUGUUCUCUUCUGAACAGUAAUAAUCUUGUCAGGCUCGACCCAUUCACUCUUUCUUGCUGAGGAGUUCCAGAAAAGGCUUCUAAUCAAAUAUAUGAAUAUACACAUACAGACUGCUAUAAUAAAAAAAUAGUAUCUGUCAUUGAAAUAGAAAACAAUCAUUGCAAUCACAAAAAAAAACAAUAAUUUGACCCACAUCUCAACUCAUUUCAAAUUCAACGAUGGGUACUUAAUUGUUAAAAAUAUCAAAAUUCUCUUAGAAACUCAUGGAAAGUUGCAUGUUUGGACGCAACCACUUAUUUUCAAAGUAGAUAUAAUGAUAAUAAUUUAAAUUAGUUGUAAGUCCUUUUGAAAAGGAAUGGUUUUGCAAAUAGGAAUCCACUCAGUACCAUCAAUGCUAAGUUCCUUAUCAAGCCAAAGAUAUGUAAGAUAAUUAAUGUUUUUCCAAGGUUAAGAAAAAUAGUAUUUUCUGAAAAUGAUAUGGCAAAUACUACAAACGUUUUUUGCUAAGAAUGUCCAAUAUGACCCAACUUUUUUCCCAACCAUGUCUUCUUCACCUAAAAACUAUUUGUUUGUAUUUUUUCCCAACUAUUCUUCACCUAAAUUCUUUGUAUUCAAAAUUAUGUCACAGUUUUGAGAUAAAAAAUUUGUUUUAACACUUUUUCAAGCAAAUAGUGCGAACUACUGUAAUACUGAAAACUCUUAGGAUUGUUACUAGUGAAUUCCUUAUGACAAAACAAUGUAUGUUGAUGAGAGAUUUGAUGAAUGCGGGAGUGUAAAUUGCUUUAUUGCAUUUUGUACCUGACUACUCAAUUAGUUUUUAAUACUUACUAUUUAUACUAUGUAUUUCGUCCAAAUAUUUUUUCAGGAUAAAAAUUAAUAUUAAUUUCUACAAUAAUAAAUACAAUAAGAUCAAAA